AUGUCGCUCGUAUCCGGCGAGAAGUCGAACUUCCAGUACAUUAUCCGUUUGCUCAACACCAACGUCGAUGGCAAACAGAAAAUCAUGUACGCCUUGACCAAGAUCAAGGGUGUUGGUCGUCGUUACUCCAACUUGGUCUGCAAGAAGGCCGAUGUUGACCUCAGCAAGCGUGCUGGUGAUAUCACCUCCGAAGAACUCGAGCGUAUCGUCACCAUCAUCCAGAACCCCACCCAGUACAAGAUUCCCGCCUGGUUCCUCAACAGACAGCGCGACAUUACCGAUGGCAAGGACACCCAGGUCAUCUCCAACGGUGUCGACUCCAAGCUCCGUGAGGAUCUCGAGCGCUUGAAGAAGAUCCGCUCUCACCGUGGUCUCCGUCACUACUGGGGUCUCCGUGUCCGUGGUCAACACACCAAGACCACUGGUCGCCGUGGCCGCACCGUCGGUGUCAGCAAGAAGAAGGGCUAA